CUUCACUUACAUCCUACCUUACUCUGUAUCGUCGGCCUCUCCUUUUGGUGGCUUCGCCUCCUGGCGCUUUCUUCUCCCCUCAAGACUGACAUCUGGUCUUGUCUUGUUUCGCUUCUCUUCGCUCUUUGGCUUAGGACCAACUCCAAGGGGAUUCAGCGCAACGCAACGCAACGCAACAAUUGUCGGAGCAUAUGCUCUUAUAGCUCGCCUUGUCCGCACAGCUUCUCCUCUUCGCUUCGUCCUCCACAAAUCAUCCAUCCUCACGGAUACCUACCUCCCGAACCUUUUUAUUCCUUUCUAUGUUAUAUUUAUACGCAGACUUACACUCGGCACCAAUUCUCGAUAACCUUAUUAUCGAUCGCAAACCACAAUGAAUUCUGCCUAUCACUCGCCCGACAUGUCGCAGCGAAUCCCAGGCCCUGCCUAUUCUUCCAGCGCACCACCACCACCAAUUCAUACCUACCAACAACACCAGCAUCCUCCUCCGCCUCUACCGCCUCCGAGUCAACAUCACCACUCGUCUCACCCUACUCUACCUCCUCCGCCGUCAGCUCCACAUCCUCACCACCAACAUCCACCGCCGCCGCCACCUUCCCACUCGCUAUCUUCGCAUCAACAUCAUAGCCAACCACCCCACCACCAGUCUCAACUCCCACCAUAUGCACCAGCUCCAUAUCAACAGCCUCAGCCGAGUCAAUACCCUCGGCCCCAUCCGCACCAGCAACACGCCCCUUCUCCUUCGCAACAUGAUGAACCUCCUCCUCCCCCGCCUUUCUCAGGACCAUCCCCCACCGACCAUCAGAAAGAUUCCGAAUACGUUCCCCCAUCUUACUCCAAGAUUGAAGAAGGAUCAGGCUGGAAGUACAGUCUCGAUGUGAAGCAACAACCCGUGCGUGCGCGCAUGUGUGGAUUUGGCGAUAAGGAUCGUCGCCCAAUCACGCCGCCGCCGUGUGUUCGUCUUGUCAUAAUAAAUACUGAGACGGGUAAAGAGGUUGACUACAAUAGUUUGGACCACGCCAUGUUUGUGUUGUCGGUCGAUCUGUGGAAUCAUGACGGUACCAAAGAAGUGAAUCUGGUACGGUCGUCGACUGGGACCGGCGCUAUGGCAUCCUCAAGUACCUACACUUAUUCGUCCUUAGAGCCAGGGACCCCUUCGUACCAGCAACAAUCUCUGCCCCCGAGCCGCGAGUCUGGAUAUGGGCAAUCGCAAGGGCUGAACUAUGGGCAGGAUUACCCCCCACCGGUGCAGCAAAGCUACGGGCAAGCACCGUCGUACCCGCCGAGCAGUUCCUACGGUCCGCCCCAACAAUACUACCCGCGACAUAGCGGUUACAGUGCCGAACCUUCCGCUCCUCCGCCAGGCGCCCCUUUCCGUAAUGGAUAUGGACAGGAUCAAAAUGCGCUUACUCGGAUGGCAGUGGUUGGGGGGCAACCCCAAGGGAUGUUUACGAGAAACUUGAUUGGCAGUUUGGCCGCAAGCGCAUUCCGUCUCGAGGACACUGAAGGACAAUCAGGUAUCUGGUUUGUCCUCCAAGACCUCAGCGUCCGUACUGAAGGAACCUUUCGAUUAAGGUUCUCCUUCGUCAACGUUGGACGCCCCGGAGGGCAGGGAACCAACGUAAACCAAGGCCGAGCGCCAAUCCUGUCGUCGUGCUACAGCGAGAGUUUCCACGUGUACUCGGCCAAGAAGUUCCCCGGCGUGUGCGAAAGUACACCAUUGAGCAAGAAAUUUGCGAACCAAGGCAUCAAGAUCCCGAUCCGUAAGGACGCCAACAUCAAGGGCGAAGGUGAUGAAGAGAUGUACGAUCAGAACUGAAGGAUCUGCGUGAACUAUAUCGCCAAAGAAAUAUUCAUGAUUGUUUGACCAUAUCAGAGAUGGGCUUCGGAAAUUGGCUAUUCAGAUAGUUGAAAUCCGCAAGAGAAGGAAUAGCUGGCGCACACAAGAGGCAUUCGGCACUGGAAAAUAGACCAAAUCAUGACUUUCCUCUGUACAAGGUUCCAAGAUAUGUCGCCAAAAUGUAUAGAGGUACUGCCCUUGUUAGACAAGGCACCAUGUCAUUGAAUACUGAGCAUAGAUGCUGGCGUUGGUGUUUGGAAUUGAGUCGAUUUCUCAUG